UAGGCAGUCGUUUCAAGAUCUCAUGCGGUAGUCUUUUGUGUGCGCGCGGCCUCGCUCGAGCAUGAAGCGUAACCCCGUGGAGUACGUGCUGUAAUUCAGGAGGAGCUUCGCCCUCGCGGAGGAGAAAACAAACAAAAACUGUUUCGACAGAAAAACGAAACGGACGGAGCCCCAGCAAAGUCGCGCAACUUUGUGAAAACGUAGCAGAAACGGGAGACAUGGCAGAUCAUCUGAUGAUGCCCAUGAAUCACAGCUCAGCAGGCGCCAGUCUCCACGGUUACAGGAUGGGCAUGAAUGGCGGCCUGCAGGCAGGUCACCAGCAGCAUGCCAACCAGCAGGGCAUGCGUGCACUUCCCAACGGCCAGAUGAUGCAUUAUGGAGGUACCCAGGCCAACCUGGAGACCGCCAUGAGGCAGCGGCAGGGCAUGGUGGGCGGGCCGAUGAACGGACAGCUCAACGGGGCUCAGAUGGCCCACCACCAGAUGACCUCUGGUAACAUGAUGUAUAAUGGGCAAGCUCAGCAGCAGCAGCAGCAGCAGCAGCACCACCCUCAGCAGCAGCAUCACAUGCAUCCACAACAACACCAGCAGCAGGCGCCGCACCCACAGCAGCAGCAGCAGCAACAGUUCAUGAAUGGAGGGUUAACGUCUCAGCAGCUCAUGGCCAGCAUGCAGCUGCAGAAACUCAACACCCAGUACCAUGGACACCCGCUGGGCCCUAUGGGCGGGAACCACAUGGGUCCCGCAACACAGUACCGCAUGAACCCAGCUCAACUGGCUAGCAUGCAGCACAUGGCUGGGCCUGCGCUAGCCCUGAAUGGCAUGGACGCGGACAUGAUUGAUGAGGAUGUCCUGACAUCACUAGUCAUGGAGCUGGGCUUGGACCGGGUUCAGGAGCUACCAGAACUCUUCCUGGGCCAGAAUGAGUUUGACUUCAUCUCAGACUUUGUUAGCAAACAGCAGCCCAGCACUGUUAGCUGCUGAAAGGAUCUUACUUCGAAGCGGGACGCAAAACGGAGAACACGAAGUAAGAAUUGUCCAGGACGGAUGAAGACAGGCCAUCUCUUUUUGGGGUUUUGUGUUUUGAGCACGGACCUGUGCUGCUCAUCUAAAGUUGCAGUGCAGCGUGCACAGAAGAGGACUCUGGAUGUCCACAGCAAACACAGUUCUCAAGUCUCAUGUGUCCGUUAGUGACUAGAGUCUGGUUGGCUUUAAAGCCUACUUUCUCGUCUAGUAUUUUCUGGACAUGAAUGUAAUAAAGAAAUGCUUAAAUUCCUUAAAAAAAUAAAAAUAAAAAAAGCCACUCUGAACACUUCUAUGACACUAUGUAGCCUCUAAGUCUGGACUCUGACAGUUUACCAGUAAACAGGUGUAUUUAUUUAUUCCUAUCUGAGAAAACUGAUAUACAGAUAAACCACCUUUUCUGUUUUGGGAUUCAAGUGGUUUUUAUAAUCUUUUUUUUUUUUUUGCGAGCA